AUGAAUAUCUUAAAUCAAAAAUAAGCACUGGAAACAUAAGAAACAAUUUGCAAAAUUCAUAAUCUAGAAUUGAUUGCAGUUGAUUUAGAUUUAUCAGAUAAGGCACAGAUUUAAUUCUUUUGUGGUAAAUGUUUAGUUGAGAAAUUAAAUAAUAAUAAGGUGACUACUAUAGAGUAAUCCAAAGAAAGAAUCUAAUAAGUAAAGUCAUAAUAAAAGAUAUCAAAAUUAAGGAGAACUCAACAAGGCUCAAAUAUUAUAAAAGUAUAUUAGAUCAAAUUAUGGAUUUUAAAUAAUCAAUUGAUAAUUCUUUGGAGAAGAUGUAUAAAUAAAUACAAUAAUAUAUAUUUCCGAUUUAAAAAGAAAAAUAAGAGUUAUAAGAAUUUGAAUCAUAAUUAAAUUACUUUGAAGAUUUAAAAUAGUUAUCUCAAUUUUAUUCUUAAGAACAAUUGUAAUCACCUAAAUUAAUAGAGGAUGAUCAUUUUAUCAAGGAAAUAUAAAGACAAUUUGAACUCUUAUUCAAUAGUACUGAAUACUUUUAGACUGUAGACACCUUUAAAAAUAUAAAAGAAACAAUUAAAGAUAUCAUGGAAAAUGAUUUAAUCGAAUUCUUUCCUUCAAAUAUAAACAAAAAUGAUUCUGUAUAUAAAAUUUAUUAUUAAUAGAAAACACCAAGUUUAAGUAGAAUUUGUAGUAAUCAUAAAAAGGAAAUAAUUAUGAUUGAUAUGGAUUCAUAAAAAUAAAAAAUAGAAGAUAGAUUUGCAUGCGUGGAUUGUAUUUAUGAAAAUCCAUAGAUUAAAUAUCAAACUAUUGAAAAUAUAGAUAAGUAAUGGAAGGAAUACAAUAUGGAAACUGAAAAGAUAUUAAAAGAAUAUAAAAAGGAAAGCAAAGAAAAAAAAUAUGUUUUAUUCGACUAAUUAGGACAAAUGAGAAGGAAUUAUAAUACAAAAUUGAAUGAAAUAAGUGAAAAAUUGAUUACUCAAUAAUUCUUAAGCAUAGAUAAGAUGAAACAGACCAAUUAAAUAAAAAAUAUUUCAAUUAAAACAUUAGAUGAUGAAUAAUUAUUGAAGGAUUUAAGGAAACUAAUUGGAAAAGAAAAGGAAAAAGUAUCAUAAAGUCAAAUAAUUACAAACUUUAAAAAUAAAGAUUAGAUUUUCAAAAGAGACCUUCAAUAUCAUUUAGAAUGUUUGCUAGAGCAUGAUUAAUAAAAUAUUUAAUAAUCGUUGGAAAUAUUGAAAGAAGUUUCAAGUAUCAAAUUAGUUAAUUUUGUAUAGUUGAAAAAGAUUUAAUUAUUUAAUUGAUUGAUAUGAUUCUAGAUAUUUAAAAAUGUGCAUAAAAGGAUGAAAACUACAAAAACCUUAUUGAUUUUAUCAAAGAAAUUUAAGAAUUGAUUGAUUAGGCAAAAAAAUAUCAGUGUCAAUUAAAUCUAUUUGAUUAAACGAUUAUGGUUUAUUAACAGCAUGUUUAAAAGAUGGAAUCCAUCCAAUAAAAUAUAUCAAUUAAAUAAUAUGAUUAAGCGGUGAAAUCAGAAUAAUUAAAAUCCUUAUAUUCUAAAUUAACAGUUAUAUUAAAUUAAUAUGUGAAUACUUUUGAUAAAAAUAGUAUAUAAUUGAAAAAGUAUUGUAUGAUUAAAUCAUUGGAGAAUGAUGUAGUAAAAUUAAAAGAAACUAAUAGAAAUUUGGAAAUUGAAAGUAAAGCUAUUUCAUUAUCAAUAGAAGAUAGUUUAAUUAAUUCUAUGUAAAAAUCAUUUGAGUAGAAGCUCAAUGAGACAAAUAAUUAGUUACAAUAAAAGGAGAAAGAAGAACAAGAUAUAAAAGAAUAAUUUGAAAAAGCUAUUAAGGAUAACAUAAACAUGAAAAAGUAAUAUGAAUAGGAUAAAAAGAAAUUUUAAGAUGAAUGUAAUAGUUUAUUUAUCAUUCCAAAGAAAUUCUAGAAAAAUAGGAGUUUAUUCAAAAUUUAACUUAAAAAAAUUCUGAGUUGCAAGAAGCAUUAACAAAACUUGAUUAAAUUAAUAAAGUUAGUUUAGAAUAAGAAAAAUAAAUUAAAAUGGAAAUAGAAAAAGUAUAUUUAUACUUUUACUUUUAGUUUCAAUAAUAUAACAAAUCAUUAUCAUUUUCUAAUACUUAUAGGCAUAAUAAUUGUUAAAUCAGUGAAGAUGCAAAAGUUGUGGCAGAAGUAAGUAAUAGUUAUUGGUAUUAUUGUCUUUGUGAAUAAGCAAUUCCAAAGACUGGAAAGAUAUCAUUUGCAUUCUAACUGAUUAGUGGAUAACAUGUAAUGUUUGGAAUUGGGUUUAGAGAGAUAAUGUAGAAAAAUGGUUAUAAGGAUUGUUAUAAAGCUGGCUUUGGGUAUAAAUUUAUAUCAUAAUAGAGCAUAUUUAAUUCACUAAGAUGGUUACACUUACUCCCAUCAUAUAAAGGAUCUAGAAUCAAAAAAAUUAUCAUUUGCAUUUGCGAUUAACGAUAUAAUAAUAAUUGAAGUAUGUAUUGAACAUAAAUACAUUAAAUGGAGUAGAUAGAAUAAUCCAUAAGCAACAUUUAUUGUAAAUAUAAUAUCUAAUAUUAGUAAUGGGAUAUAGAUACAUCAUCAGAAUUAUACCCAUGUGUGGGUGUUGCUAAUAACUCUAAAAUAAAAUUAUUAGAUAAUAUGCCAGUUUGA